CCCCCCGUUUUUGGGGGGGGUCUCCCAUGGUGCCCCCUCCUCAAAAGGCUCCGAGGGCCCCCUGAAGUGGCUCCUGUUCCAGCGGCCAGUGCCCCCUGAUCCAGGACGACCCCCAGAUUUCCCAUUCGCAGCCCCGGGGAGGCUGCAAGGAAGAGGAAGAUCCUCUCCUUGUCCUUCCUCCCCAAGGGAAGGAGCUGAGGAUGGACAGCAGGGAGGACAAAUCCCUAUGCCAGAACCUCCUGGAAGAGGCCAUUUUGAGCGGCUCCACGGCGCAGGAACCCAACAGGGAGGAAAAGCCCCAGAGAUCCCGCACAAGGAGGGGCUGCAAACACAGAUCGCAGGGAUCUGAGGAGGAAAGACCCACCCUGGGCCGGGGAGGCGGUCGGAGGUCGAGCCAGAGCUUGGAGUUGGUGGUCCAUGAGCAGCUCUGUGAUGGGGAGAAGCCCCACAAGUGCUUGGAGUGUGGGAAGAGCUUCAGGUCAAGUUCCCACCUGAUCCAGCACCAGGUGAUCCACUCCGGGGAGAGGCUAUACGAGUGUGAUCAAUGCAGGAAGAGGUUUCAGACCAGCUCCCAUCUCCUUGUGCACCAGCGCAUGCACACAGAAGAGAGGCCCUUCCGCUGCCCCGACUGCACGCAGGGCUUCAGGCAGAAUGCCAAUAUUGUCAUAUUGUGCAUCCACACUGGGGAGAGGCCCUAUGAAUGUGGGGAUUGUGGGAAGAGCUUCAGGCAGAGCUCCCACCUGAUCAGGCACCAGAUGUUCCAUACUGGGGAAACAGCCUCAUGAGUGUGGGGAAUGUGAGAAAAGCUUCAGGCAGCAUGCUGCCCUGAUCGUCCACCAAAAGAUCCACACUGGGGAGAGGCCCUACGCGUGUUCCAAAUGUGAGAAGGGGUUUC